GUUACAUUCAUCCCGAGUCAUCCAACAACUUCUCAUCGCCAUGGGAGAAGAAGCACACAAGAACCUCGUUUUCGUGUACGGUACGUUAAAACGAAACCACGCAAACCAUUUCCUCUUAGAAGAUCUGAUCUCAAAAAACGACGCCGUUUUCAUCGGUCAACGCACGACCCGGUUAAACCACCCGCUCGUUACGGGUCUUUACGGGAUCCCUUACUUGAUCAACAAACCCGGGUCGGGUCAAAAGAUCCGGGGCGAGCUUUACUCUGUUUCGAAACUUGGGCUUGCACGUCUAGAUGAAUUGGAAGGGAUUAAAGUCAAACACUACGAGAGGUUAGCGAUUGAGGUCAUUGAGGAAGAAUCAAACGGCGUCGUUUUAGCGGAGGCUUAUUUUGCUCAUUGUAGAUUUGGUGAGAGGUUGUGGGAGAAGAGAGGCAAGUGUGGGAUGUCUGAGUUUGGUGAAAACGACGGCGUUUUGUAUGUCAGGGUUAAGGACAGGCCAAAAUUUAGCUCUGUUCUUGAUGAAAUUGAAGCUUUUGUGUCUUCUAGUAACGAUUGGUUACUAAUUUGAUUCAAUGGCUUUUAUAUGCAGGGAGGAGGAAAGAUUUGUCAAGAACGCUCAAAGUUAUAAGCUUUGGUCAUGUUUCAUAUAUUGUAAUGAUGAUAAGGUGUACUAAAUUUUUAUGUUUUCAGGUGUUACAAAAAUGUUGUAAUGCCAUUUAGAGGUAAAAGUGAUUCAAACUAUUUACCUGAUAUAUGUGUCAGAAUCUGUGUUUACAAAAAAGAGUCACCGACUGAUAUAAGUUAAGAGAGAUUGAUGAGUGGUACUGUAUCUACUGUUUAUUGAAAGUGGUGGUAGGAGAAGUAGGCAAAGGAGGAGAUUCUUUUGCGGCUUCUAUAAUGCCUAAACCCUACUACCCACUUUGUUUCUUUUCAUAGAGGUUUCAAUCUUGUUUUGAUGGUGUCAUAUGUGAGAGAAACCAAAUUUCUAGUAGUGGACUUUUUGUUGUUGUUGUCA